AUGAUGAAAAAGGAGGAUAAAGCUGAAGACUCCGGUAAAGGAGUGCAGACUUCAGCAAUUUUCAAGAUUAGAGCUUCAGAUUCAAUAGGAUUACAGAUCACUUCUUGUCUUCUCAAUGGAGAUAAUUAUUUGACGUGGUCAAGAGCGAUGAGGAUUGCGCUCACCCCCAAAGGGAAGUUAGGGUUCGUGGAAGGAAAAGUCCUGAAGCCACCAGCAGGAGACCCGAUCUUGGAGAGCUGGGAGAUGUGCAACUCCCUCGUGUUGGCAUGGAUAUUCAAUGGGUUGGAGAACAUCUCUCUCGUGUUGGCAUGGAUAUUCAAUGGGUUGGAGAAAGAGCUUCAGCUGAGUGCCGCCUACGCCACUGAAGCGAAAGCUCUUUGGGAUGAUUUCAAGGAGAUAUAUUCGCAAGGAAAUGAAAUGAGGAUUUACCAAUUGAAAUCGGAUAUCAGUAUCUACAGGCAGAAAGGCAAAAUGAUUCAGAGAUACUACUCAGGCAUCAAGAUACUAUGGGAUAAGCUCGAAAAUAUCUCACAAUAG